CGCCACGCGGCCGACGCGGCCACGCCACGCCGCCACGCUCCACCACACUGUGCUCCACAAAAUCUAUGCCACAGCCACCACAGCGCUCCACCAGAGCGGCUCUUUGCUUUCAAGAUGGCCGCGCCCAUUGUGCGCCUGUCGCAGUUUGGCGGUGGUCGCCGUGUCGCCCUACAAGUCGCCGAAAUGUCCCGAAAUCACAGCUUGCGCUAACGGCGACCGGUUUCUAAAGGUCGACCUCGUACGCGCGCAGCAAUCUAACGUGCCUUAUCGCUCUCGAGCGGUCCUAGAUCUGACUCGACCGACGUUUCGAGCCACGACCGCAUCAAGACAGCGGGGCAAGUCCGACCUGACCGCCAUGGUCUCAACGUUGCGAUUCGGCGGACGCGUUCCAACUGCACAGGCUGAUCGUACUCGAGCGAAUCUAACAUCGCUGAGGGUGUCUUCCUGAUGAAGCCGAGGAUACCAUGGCCACCAGACGCAACAUCGAGCUGGGACUCCUCGCGAGCCUCCUGUGCACGCUGCUCAUAUCCUUCAGCAUCAUAAUGCGUUCUCCGGUCGCAUGCCCGUCGCAAGAGUCUGCCGACGGGAGCUACGACCAGGACGAGAACGGAGUCGGUGGUGAUACGCACCGAUUGGCAGUCAUCGUGCCUUUCCGCGACCGCUUCGACGAACUUCUGCUGUUCGCGCCGCACAUGCACAAGUUUCUCAAAGCCCAGCGAAUACAGCACCGGUUCCUGAUCGUGAACCAGGUGGAUCGGCUGCGUUUCAACCGCGGUUCGCUCAUCAACGUUGGGUUCCUGGUCGCCCAGUCGGACUGCGACUACCUAGUCAUGCACGACGUGGACUUGCUCCCGCUGAACCGUGAGCUGAGCUACGCGUACCCGGCGAACGGCGGCCCGAUGCAUCUGGCGGCGCCGGACCUCCACCCGAGGUACCACUACCCGACGUUCGUCGGCGGCAUCCUUCUCAUGAGCAACGCUCGGUUCCGGCAGCUCAACGGACUCUCAAACAAGUACUGGGGCUGGGGGCUCGAAGACGACGAGUUCUACGCGCGGAUGCGGGACGCGAGGCUCAACGUGUCCCGGCCCGGCGGUCUCAAGACCGGGAUUCGCAACACGUUCCGGCACGUGCACGACAAGCAGCAUCGUCCGAGGGACACGGCGCGCCUGCACAACCAGCGCGCCGAGACCCGCAAGAGGGACCGGGUCACCGGACUCGCCGACGUCAAGUACGACCUGGCGGCGCUGCAUCGCCUGGUCAUUGACGGCGCACCCGUCGAGGUGUUGGACGUGAGGCUACGCUGCAACCUGACCGUUACUCCCUGGUGCCAAAAGUGAAAAAAGAAAGAAAGGCUUGUGCAAUCGCUCACUCCAUUGAUCAGUCACAUUGGGAUUUGGGCAGUGCCAAACAGACCCGUGUUGCAAGUAAGGUCGGGACAGCAGAAAAUGGGGGAAUUGUAUUUCAGUGGCGAAGCACUUUUGUGUUGGCUUGGCAGUGUUGCCAAAGCGUAGCAAACAUACAAAAAGCGCUACAAGCAAGGACAAGUAGGACGAAAGCUUAUCCUUUGGUCGCUUUUGUCUGUGGCAUUAUUGUGUUUUUGCUCGGCGGUGGCCGAAUACCGUGACCAGGGGUGAGAGGCAGGCAAACUUGUUGGGUACACCCGUUUCUAGAGCACUUCAGAUUGACCCAUACAUUUCACUAUUUCACGAGCUGUACAACAUGAACCUCUGCAACACAGCACUAUUAGAAGCAUAUUAUUUCCACGUCGCAUUACAUGCUCGACAGUCCUGCAUAGCUGUGAAGCCGAUACUAUUAAGGAUUUCGGCUUGGGGCAACGCUAUGUGGCGCGAUUCAAGGUUGUGCUUGUUGUCCUAAGGCUCACACAUUUUACGAUACUUGCCAAGCAUCCUGCUUGAGAAGGCUCCAUGCUUUGGUUUCAAUAAACGAGUCAGUUGUGCCAUAUAGAACAUA